AUGGCAAUCAAGGAAAUCUUCCACUUCAACGAAGAAGCCUACAAAGAACGAGUCCAUGGCUAUGGCAAACAAGGAACCUACCACGAGCUCGCCAAACGCGAAGUCUUCAAAAGACGCCGCAUCUUCUCCACGGGCGUGAAAAUCGUCUUCUGCAGCUUUCUCCUCAUUCCCACUUGCGGCGGCACAGGCUUCGGAUUGUUCCUCGGCCUGCGCCAACGCGCCGUCGCGAAGAAAAAGUACCACCACGUCGUCGAGGCCAUGCGAGCGCACGGCAUGCCUCUCCCGAAACCCAAGAAGAGCGACAAACUCGUCCCGCUAGCCAUCAACGUGGUCAUAUACUCCCUCACGCUGGGUCUGAUGUACGGGCUCGAAGAAGUCGGCUUCAUCGCCGCGGACGAAACUGCCUCCUACGGCCUGCAGGGCACGGCCAACCUCGUCGACCCAAGUCUCGCGGGCGAAGCGCAUGCCUUUGUCGCCAACCCGGCAGAUUUCAUACAUGGCAUGAUGCACGGCGUGGAUACGCAGGCCUCGGAGCUGCAUGGGUUGAUCUCCCCUAAUGAGACUAUGGUCGGGCACGCCCUCUCGCACCAUCUGGAGCAGCCCAUCGCCGAGACCAGCUACCAGUAUAUGUCCGGGGAGACCGCGGGAUGCCAGAUCGCCCCUGUGGUCGAGCGCCUUGCCACGGUCACUCUGGCGUCCGAGGCUAUGGAGAAAUUGGCCAAGAGCGGUGUGGAAAAGUCGUUUCACCGUAAGCCUGUCGGUGAUGCCGGUGGUUCUACUGGGAAGACGGUUACUGUCACUGAGACUCCGAUUAAGGUAGAAAAGUCGUUUCAACGUAAGCCCGUCGGUGGUGCUGAGAAGACGGUUACUGUCACUGUGACUGAGACUCCUGUUAAUGUGGUGGUAUGCUGA